AUGGAGAGUCCUCAUGAGCACCAGCAGAACCUUCUGCUGUCCCGAAUCAUCACCAACGUAGUAAGUUGGGCAACUCCAGCACAUGCUACGAAGCUAACAAUCGCACAGGAAAAGCUCAAUGAAGCUAUUGUACUUCUCAACAAGGGCCUGCAGGAAAUCAACAUCCAAAACAUGAACGUGGAGCUCGUUGCACAGAUGUUCAAGAACUACCAGUCGAAUGUGCUCUUCCACCUUGAAGCAACGGACAGUCUGGAGGAGCCAUCAUAGAGGGGAGGCAGGCGGGGUUGAUGUUGUGAGGGGGAGGGAGUGAUGAAUUGGAUGAGGCGCUGGGAGUCUUUGUUGUUUGGUUUUAUACCUUCUUAUUAAGAAAGAAAUGGCAGUUAUCAUACAAAUACAUAUAGACCUUAUUAUAUACACAGAAAGUUGAACUAUA